AUGAGCACCACCGGAACCAGGUUGCGGGGUAUGUCGACACUAGUCACUCACGGUCGUGGAUUCUAUCGAUGUAGGGGUGCUUUGUUUCUGAGAGUCACGACGCGCUCGCUAUCAUCGACUAGCUGUAGAGAGAGAUCGGGUGUGCGCAUUCUUGAAGUUGCGGCAAGAGAUGGUCUACAAAAUAUCAAGACAACGAUUCCCACUGCAACCAAAAUCGAGCUGAUACGUCGGCUCGCCGAUACUGGCCUUCAACAUAUUGAAGCUACGUCUUUUGUAUCGCCAAAAUGGGUUCCCCAGCUAGCGGACGGCGCCGCGGUAAUGGAGAAGGUCCUACCGUUGGCCUCGAAAGGAAUAACACUGCCUGUGCUUGCCCCUAAUAUGAAGGGUUUCGAGAACGCUGUGAAGGCGGGAGCGCAAGAAGUGGAGGUAUUUGCAUCUGCCACCGAGGCCUUUAGCAAAGCGAACCAGAAUUGUUCCGUCGAGGAAGCCUUGAUCGGCGCUCAAAAGGUUGUGACAGCAGCUAAACAAAGCGGCGUGCGCGCACGCGGUGUUAUCUCGUGCAUCUUCUCGGACCCUUAUUCCGGGCCUACGGACCCAUACGCUGUUCUCCGAGUCGUCAAACGAUUCUUAGAUAUGGGGUGCUACGAGGUUGGUCUAGGUGAUACGCUUGGGGUGGGGACACCAGCACAAACAAAGAAGCUGCUGGAGGUUCUACUCAGUGAAGUACCCGCGGACAAACUCGCUGGUCAUUUUCACGAUACGUAUGGACAGGGUGUUGCGAAUGUGGUCGCUGCGUACUCGAUGGGAAUUCGCGCGUUCGACACAUCCGUCGCUGGGGCCAAGGGCAACGUGGCAAGCGAGGAUGUGAUCUAUACUCUCGAAAACUCCGGUAUCUCCACUGGAGUCGACUUGAACAAGCUCAUUUCCGUCGGUGAAUGGAUCUCGCGAGAGAUCGGCAUGCCAUACGGAAGCCGAGCCGGGGCAGCUUUACUUGCAAAGAGGAAUAUGGCCACAGCGACGGAAAAGUCGGCCACAAAAGACAAACCGACACGAGAAUGGACCACAGUCACCGAACUACCGGACUACAGGGUUUCGCGCUCUGGCGCUGUGGUGAGGAUCACCAUGACACGAGCACAGCAUGGAAACACAAUGACUGCACCGAUGCUCGAGGGGUUGACCAAGCUAUUCACCGACUUGGCUAACUGCCAAGACACUUUCCAUAUAGUCCUGGAAGCUGAAGGCCGGUUUUUUUGCACUGGCAUGGAUCUCAGUGGAGGCACGAAAACGACGAACACCGACAAGGAGCAUGGGUACCAUGCAAAGAUCCAGGCCCUAUUUUCUGCCAUCGACAAUUGCCCCCAGACAACGAUUGCUCUUAUCAAUGGACCGUGUUAUGGAGGUGGAGUGGGGCUCGGGUUCGUUUGCGAUGUUCGCCUAGCCUCCACGAAUGCUCGCUGGACUCUUUCUGAGAUCAAAAUCGGCGUCGCCCCUGCCAUCAUAUCGAGAUACAUGGCACGCGAGUGGGGAAUCCCCUUUUUCCGUGAAGCCAUGCUUUCAGGGCGAGAGGUGCAUUACUCCGAGCUGGAACGAAUCGGUGCAAUUCAUGGCGUGUCGGACGAUACAAGCAAGUUGCUAGAGGAUUAUUUAGACAAACUGGCACAUUGCGCCCCUCGUUCUGCGUCCAUUUGUAAAGAGCUAGUACGCCUCGCGUGGCAUGAUGCGGGGAGCCCGCGGCAAGAUAAGUUCAUCGAAGACACCUUUCAUGGUAUGAUGAUACCAGGCUCUGAAGGGGAAUAUGGGAUCCAACAAUUCCAGAAAAAGAACAAAAACAUCCAGUGGGCGGAAUUUUGGUCACAGGAGAAGUCCGCAUCGUAA